AUGUCUUGCCAAAAGGAUGAUAUGCAGUGUUUUGUGAUAAUAAAACGUUUAAUUAAUCAAUUAAAUGCAUUUUUAUCUCUCCCGCUGAAUGAAUUUUUGGCAAAAGAAAACGUCGCAUUGAAUAGAUCAGCUUGGCAGCUACAUCCGUAUUCGAUUAGUAAAUGGAGUGCAGAAAAAGCUGUGGAUGGACUGAAAUCUGACUUGUCAGCUAAUGGAGGUCAGUGUACAGUAUCAGCUAACUAUAAAACAACAGCUGAGUGGAAGGUGUACCUCGGAGGAGUAUUUAAAAUCCAUCGCAUUUCUAUACACUACAGGACAGACAAUUUGCAAUGGAAUGUAUUCAAUGGCUACACCUCAAGGUUUCUGGGGUUGUCAGUUUACGUGUCGAACACAACCAAUAAGAAAGAUGGCCUAUUAUGUUUUAAAGACAACUUCUACACAACAGCGACAAUACCAAAUCCAAUGAACAUAACAUGCUCAAAAAAUAUAAGCGGAAGAAUAGUCAUCUACUACAACAACAGAACGCACCUUCCGUAUCCUGCUGGGUAUUCUUCCUACGCAUACAAUGAACUCUGUGAAGUGGAAGUUUAUUCUUGCCAGUAUGGAUAUUUUGGAAAAGAUUGCAGUGAGAAAUGUCACGCAAAAUGUACAGGCUGUGAUAUUUACAGUGGCUUAUGUGAUUCUGGAUGUCAACCAGGAUGGAAAGGAGAGAACUGUUCUGAAGCCUGCAAAGAAGGGUUUUAUGGUGUUAAAUGCACUGAAACGUGCGGGAAUUGCCGUGACCUCACCCCGUGUUUACAUACUAGUGGAAAAUGUGUAAACGGAUGUGAUUCUGGUUAUCAGGGGGAUUUGUGUAAAACGCCUUGUAACAGAGGAUCCUAUGGAUAUGGAUGCAAAGAAAGGUGCGGUCAAUGUCGUGACUUAAAUCAGUGUUAUCAUAUAACAGGGACUUGCCAGACGGGAUGUGAUCCUGGUUAUGAAGGAGAUAUGUGUAACACAACUUGUCGACAAGGAUUCUUCGGAGAAAAUUGUGCAGAACCAUGUAUUGACACAUGUGACGGAUGUAAUACUGUAAAUGGUUUAUGUGAAUAUGGUUGUGUCUCUGGCUGGAAGGGAUACUUCUGCAAUGAACAAAAUGUAUCAUCAAUAUCCACAAUUACUCACAAUGUGAACAAAAGGAAAUUUAUUUUUGCUGGUCUUCUUGGUGCAUUAUGCCUUUCUGUCAUCAUCAUUGGAAUAUUGAUUGCAUGUAAUGUCGCUACAAGGAAACGGGAGCAUAAGAAGAGUCAAACAGUCGACGUAGAAGAAUCACAAUGUGGCGACACGCCGUAUGUUUCUAAUAAUGACGUCAUGAGUACUGAAUACCAAGAGCUUAGAGACCGUAGAACACAAAUUUACGAAAACCUAAAUUGUAUAUCUAUAUAUGAUCGUGCUUUUGAAAUAUGUGAUAAUUUCAUUUUGGACAAAAUCAAUUUUUGAUCUCCUCAGCAAUCGCUAUAUAUUACAUCAAAUGAUACUGGGAAGAUUUUAUUUUGUUUAUAUGAAAAUCAACAUUUUAAAUCGACAGUUUGACAACAACAACAAAUUGAUAGGUUUUGUUAAAUUGUAAAAAAAAAAUGGGUUAUAUUUUAAGUAAGUUACAGUCUUUUAAUGCAUAUCUUUUACAAUUUUAAGCUAUGCUAUGGAAUGCGAUUUUAAUGAUUUGCUAUGAGAUUUGUAUGCUAUACUACGCGAUUGCUAUGAGAUUUGUAUGCAAUGCUAUGAGAAAUUGAAAUGAAUAGCUUAAUGUUAUGGUAUGCUAUGCUAUGGUAUGCUAUGAGAUUUGAACAAAAACGCAUCCAUGCACAGAAGAGUUCCACAUAUAUGAAGAAGUAAAAUAAUAAUCCAAAGUUUACCACAAAUCUGCAAUGUGAACAUUUAUUUUCUAAAACAAAAACAUUUGAAAACCAAGUCAAAAUAAUGUUGUAUGCUAAGUUAUGGUAUGCUAUAGUAUGAUAUGACGAAUGAGAUUGUAUGCUAUGGUAUGAGAUUCCAAAGCUAUGCUACAUGUAUGAGAUUUUAAUGCUAUGCUGCUAUGCUAUGAGAUUUUAAUGCUAUGCUAUGGUAUAUGUUGUAAAAGAUAUUGAACUGACUGUAGAUAAUGUUCCAUGGUCUUAUUUGUUAUAAUCACAACAAAACGUUUACUAAACAUAAUCUAUUUAUUACAUUUUUGACGCCGUCUCUACAGGUUUGUUUUCUUGUCAAUAAAAUCAAUGUUUAGCUGGACGACUUAAUCUUAAAAGUCUCUCCGCAUAUGACAUU